CCCCGCCCGCGCGUGUGAGGGGGAGCGAGUGCGCUGGGUCGGCCUGAUGGGGGUAAUCGAGGGUUUCGGGGACGCCGAGCGGCGCUUUCCUCUUCCCAGUGAGUGAGGGAGGGAAGUCGGCGGCUCUCGUGCCCGGCCACUUUCCCUGCGCGAUUCCCUGAGCUCCCUGCAGGAGGAGAAAGUCCCCGGCGGGUCCGGAUGGCGUAGUUGCGCCGCGGCGCAGCAGCUGCCGGAGCUCGCCGCCGCCGGGCGCGGGGCGGGGAAACUUCGCUCUGCUUUCCUCCAGCUUGUGGCGGGUGGAUCUCCGCUUGACAUAUCGCCUCCAAGAAGAUCACCACCAACAGAUCCUAGUUCCUGUUUCUCACACCUUACACCUCCAGAGUGCUGAAUAAAACUUUCCUGAUGGUACAGAAUCUUUGAUAACAACGUAGUCCGUCGGGGCCAGUGGUGUGCAGCUAUUGGCUCUUUUCUUCUCACCUCGGGUUAACAACUCGGCCUGCGGCAGGCGGGCUCCCACGCCCACUGCACCGUGACCCAUGAUGGGCGGGCGCCAGAAAAGGAUUUACCACCAUUUGACACAUUAUAAAUAUAUAAUGUCUCUCAUUAGAAGGUAAACUCCAUGAAAACAGUGUCAUGUUUAGUUCACUGCUGUGUCCCCAGCUCCCUGAACAGUGCCUGGCACAUGGCAAUUUGAAAAUUGGAAAGAAAGAUUUUAAGGCCACUUCCAAUUUGCAAAGAUUAUCUAUAAUCUGAAGAACUGCAGGCUGAGGUCACUGAACGGGACUUUUGGAGAAAUAAAAAUGGCUUCUCAUUGUGUGAUUGCCAUCUUUGCCCUGAUGAGUUCCUGUUUAGCAACUGCAGGUCCAGAGCCCAGCGCCCAGUGUGAACUGUCGCCUGUCAAUGCCUCCCAUCCAGUCCAGGCCUUGAUGGAGAGCUUCACCGUCUUGUCGGGAUGUGCCAGCAGGGGGACGGUGGGGCUGCCCCAGGAGGUGCACGUCCUGAACCUCCGCACUGCCGACCAGGGGCCCGGCCAGCCACAGAGAGAGGUUACUCUGCACCUGAAUCCCAUCUCCUCAGUCUACAUUCACCACAAGCCUGUCGUGUUCCUGCUCAACUCCCCACAGCCCCUGGUUUGGCAUCUGAAGACAGAGAGACUUGCAAUUGGCGUCUCCAGACUUUUCUUGGUGUCUGAGCGUUCUGUGGUCCAUUUUUCAUCAGGAAACUUCUCCUUGUCAGCAGAAACAGAGGAAAGGAGCUUCCCGCAUGGAAAUGAGCAUCUGUUAAAUUGGGCCCGAAAGGAAUACGGAGCAGUUACUUCAUUCACUGAACUCAAGAUAGCAAGAAACAUUUAUAUUAAAGUGGGGGAAGAUCAAGUGUUCCCUCCCACGUGCAACAUAGGGAAGAAUUUUCUCUCCCUCAAUUACCUUGCCGAGUACCUUCAGCCCAAAGCUGCAGAAGGGUGUGUGAUAUCCAGCCAGCCCCGAGAUAAGGAAGUACACAUCAUUGAGUUAAUCACCCCCAACUCUAACCCCUACAGUGCUUUCCAGGUGGAUAUCAUAAUUGACAUAAGACCUUCUCGAAAGGAUCCUGAGGUGGUCAAAGAUCUCAUCCUGAUCUUGAAGUGCAAAAAGUCUGUCAACUGGGUGAUCAAAUCUUUUGAUAUUAAGGGAAACCUGAAAGUUAUCGCUCCUAACAGUAUUGGCUUUGGGAAAGAAAGUGAAAGAUCCAUGAUAAUGACCAAAUCAAUAAGAGAUGACAUUCCUUCAACCCAAGAGAGUCUGGUCAAGUGGGCUUUGGACAAUGGCUGUAGUCCAGUAACAUCAUACACAGUGGCUCCUGUGGCUAAUAGAUUUCAUCUUCGGCUUGAAAACAAUGCAGAGGAGAUGAGAGAUGAGGAAGUCCAUACCAUCCCUCCUGAGCUACGGAUCCUGCUGGACCCUGGCACCCUGCCUGCCCUGGACAACCCACCCAUCCGGGGAAGGGGAGGCCGAAAUGGAGGUUUCCCCUUUCCCUUCCCCGAUAUCUCCAGGACAGGCUGGAAGGAAGGGGAAGAAGAUGGGAUCCCUCGGCCAAAGGACCCUGUCAUCCCCAGCAUACAACUGUUUCCUGGUCCCAGAGAGGCCGAGGAGGUGCAGGGGAGGAUGGAUGUUGCCCUGUCAGUCAAAUGUGACAAUGAAAAGAUGACUGUGGCUAUAGAAAAAGAUUCGUUUCAGGCCAGCGGCUACUCUGGGAUGGAGCUCACCCUGUUGGAUCCCACAUGCAAGGCCAAGAUGAAUGGCACCCACUUCAUUUUGGAGUCUCCCCUGAAUGGCUGUGGGACUCGGCACCGGCGAUCAGCCCCUUAUGGUGUGGUUUACUACAACUCCAUUGUAAUACAGGUUCCACCCCCUGGGGAUAGUAGUGGCUGGCCAGAUGGUUAUGAAGAUUUGGAGUCAGGUGAUAAUGGAUUUCCGGGAGAUACGGAUGAAGGAGAUACUUCCUUCUUCAGCCGACCUGAAAUUGUGGUGUUUAAUUGUAGCCUGCGGCAGGUGGGGAAUCCCAGUAGCUUCCAGGACCCACCCAACAGAAAUGUCACCUUCAACAUGGAGCUGUACAACACUGACCUCUUUCUGGUGCCCUCCCAAGGGGUCUUCUCUGUGGCAGAGAACGGACAUGUUUUUGUUGAGGUGUCCGUUACCAAGGCUGACCAAGAACUGGGAUUUGCCAUCCAAACGUGCUUUAUCUCUCCAUAUUCGAACCCUGAUAGGAUGUCUGAUUAUACUAUCAUUGAGAACAUUUGUCCUAAAGAUGAAUCUGUGAAAUUCUACAAUCCCAAGAGAGUGCACUUUCCUAUCCCACAAGCCGAGAUAGAUAAGAAACGAUUCAGCUUUGUUUUUAAGCCCAUCUUCAACACCUCCCUGCUCUUUCUACAGUGUGAGCUCACAUUGUGUACCAAAAAGGAAAAGGACCCCCAGAAGUUACCUAAGAAAUCAGAACCCUUUGACCUUGCUGGCGUGGCCAAGUGUGUGCUUCCUGAUGAAGCCUGCACCUCGCUGGAUGCCUCGAUGAUCUGGGCCAUGAUGCAGAAUAAGAAGACGUUCACCAAGCCCCUCGCUGUGAUCCACCAUGAAGUACAAUUUAAAGAAACAGGUCCAAGCAUUAAGAAACCGAUUCCAGCUUCUCCACCGAUAUUCCAUGGUCUGGACACCCUAACCGUGAUGGGCAUUGCGUUCGCAGCAUUUGUGAUUGGAGCACUGCUGACAGGGGCCUUAUGGUACAUCUAUUCUCACACAGGAGAGACUGCAGGAAGGCAGCAGGUCCCCACCUCCCCACCAGCCUCGGAAAACAGCAGCGCAGCGCACAGCAUCGGCAGCACGCAGAGCACGCCCUGCUCCAGCAGCAGCACGGCCUAGCCUGCCCCGCCCACCGCCAAGGGCAGGACCGGGAGGGAGCCCACACCUGGGUCCAGAUUCCAGACUCGGGAGGCUAGAUCGUGGGUCCCUGGUAAAGAGAGUGAAUUUCAAUAUAGCGAUCACCUGUUGUGUUCACCCCCCACCCAGGACUAAUGUAAAUGUGACCCCUGGGCUUCUGUAACACACUAGAUUCAUGUGAGAAAGCUAAGGUGGUGGCCUUCUCCACCAGCCCCUCACAGGCUUGGGGGUUUUCAAUGUGAAACACAUGCCAGUUUUUAAAAUGCUGCUUUGUCCAGGUAAGAACAUCCGUAAUUUGGAGCCCUACGUUUUACCCAGACGCAAAGAGUUGGUAAAAGGAUAACAGUCAGAUAGUAGAACCAGUGAGUAGAUGUGGCCAAAGAUUCUUUUAUAACUGAACCAAGAUGUAAAACAACAGAAAUGCUUCAAGACUUUCUCAGUGUGUUCCUCCAUGUCUAAUUUGCACCUUCUGGAUGCACACUUCUCACCUUGCUGCCACACUUGUGGGGACUGCUGUGUCGGCUUGAUGGGUGCUGCCCUCACGGACUGCAUCCUGACACACCUCAAGGCAACAUUCCUUUCUUGUGCCCUGGGCCAAAACCAGUGCUGAUUUCCUUAUCAGCUUCCUCCUUCUCCCCACAUUCACACACCAACUGCAAAAAUGUCUUAAUGCAAAUUUUGCAUUUCUUUAUAGGCAUAUAGAAAUUGAAAAUGGCCAAAAUCUGGGACUGCAGAUUUGUGCCCAUUUAUGACAAUGUGUUCUAUUACAUUAAUGUGUAAAUGGGGGCAAAAUUCAGUUGUAAAGUUGAGGAGGAAUUUGCACAGUGAUAUAUGUACCAGUACAAGUAUAUAAUAUGUCAUUUGGCACAUUCGUUUUUUUCAGUUGAAGAAGAGAAAAUUCAUUCCCAUUUUUAAAAUGUCCUACACCUUCAGAGUUGGAACAUAUUCUUAAAUAUAUUUGAGAGAAUUAGUGUUUCCAUGCAAAACAUGUCAACCUUUUCAAUAGACCCUUUUGUAAACACCAAGCUCUUGUAAGAUGCAAAUGUAUGGCACAUCCUUUUGGAUUCCUGUUGGUUAUCUGAACAGUGUCACCAGUUCUGCCCAGAAACUGAUGAGAUAUGGAAAAAGACACUCAUUUGAAUUGCUUUAGUUCUCUUGCCUUAAAUAUACCCCCAAAACUCAAAAAGAAUUUGAGGUGAAUUUUAUUAAAAUGGAAUAAUAUGAUGCCACUUUGCAGCUAAAAUAAGCUCAACUGAUACCUGUAUGUUAAAAAAAAGAAUGCCAGAGGAAAAUGUCCAUGCCAAAGCAUUUACUACUGAAGGUAACUUCAUUGCAAAUAAAUAUUAUUCUUUUUCCAGAAUUCUCCCAAACAACUCAGAAGUCUACAAAUAGAACAGGCUAGAUUCUACCCCCAAACUAUUCAUAAGCAAAUCUAACUGCUCUUAAAAUAAGGAAGUUGUGCCUGGUUCUCUGUGAAUGGAACCUUAAGUAGGAAAUGUUGAUGUCACCGGAGACCUGAGGGCAGUAUCUACAAGGCAAAUAGGUGGAGAUUGACAAUCGUUAACCCAUCAUGGAGUCAUGCUGUGAUUGAUUUGAUAGUUAUAGACAUUCAAUCAGGAUGAUUUUAAUCAAAACAGAUUGCGGGCUAAGAUUUCCAGGCCAUCUAUAGUGAUAAUUUUGCAGAUUUUCACAGACAAAUGAAGAUAGGAGAUUAGAAAAAAUUUUGCCUUCAGUUAACUUUUUUUAACAUAAAGGUAUCAGAGUGGAGGACCUAGAUUAUGCUACCUGUGUUUGAAAAUAAUGCGCUUUGCCUAACCUUCAGCAGAAUGUAUUGUUUUAGCAUAUUCUAUGUAUAAAAAAGUUUAAAGAUGUCUUCAAAGAAGACUAGAGUCUUUAAGUCACUUAUAGCUAUAUUUUACUACAAAAAUCUGUGUAUAAAGAUAUAUUUAAGUGUUUUAGAUAAAUUUAAGUUACUCCAUAUGAAAUGUUUAAUUUCAGUUACUGUGAAUUCUUUUGAUCAGUUCUUUGCUUUUUAAAAAUCCCUAUCCAUCCUGUUAAAAAGAUGAUUAGCUAUUAAGAGGUAUUAAAAGGUCCAAUUCUUAGAUGGACAGGGUUAAAACCUUUUGUAAUAUAUUUAAAUGUAUAUUUUUGAGAGAGAUGCUACAUUGCCGAUGAUUUUAUAAAUAAUUUAAAAUUAAUUAACAAAUUUAUGGGUGCAAACCAAAAGAUUUUAAAAGAAAGAGAAGAAGAAAUCAACUUUUAUUUGUUUGGGUCUUACUAUCCAGAAGUAUUAUUCAGAUCAAGAAAUUCAUGUUGAUGAAACCCGAUCCUGUGUUAAUUGGAGAGUGAACAUCAUUAAGUAUUUCUGAAAUGUUUCUAAAAAGUGAACAUUUUUUAAAAAUUGUGUUUUCUCCCUAGCUUCCUGUUACAGCAUUUCCAGUUGCUUCAUACUUCACAGUUUUAAUACAAAGUAUAAGCUCUACUUUAUAACACUUCCUACAAGUUUCUUUAAAACUGUUUUUAUAUUCCAGUUAAAUUCCUCUAUCUGCAAAGUCUUCUGUUACUUCUGCAGGUUACACCCUUCAUUUGCAGAGGCCAUUUUGUUUUGUUUAUUUGAUGCAAAAGCUAUUGUUGAAAUGCUCUAAACUCCAAGGCAGAUUGUGUAAUACCCUAUAGCUUUUCACCGUGUGGUGUGUACCAGCCGUUGCUCUGUAUUUGGAAAGUCAGAUUCCUUCUGAGUAAGCUGUUUCUAUAGCAUUUUCUAAACAAAACAAAAGGUCUUUUCCUUGUCUGUAAUGAGAUUGUAAACCCGUUUCCUGUGUGUGUUCUGUUGUGGGCGUGCUUGGGAGUGUGUGAGGGGGUGUGCACCUGCGUGCCGGUCUUUUUGUACUGUAACUACCUCAUGAUUUGAGUGAUGGUUGUACUGCUGAUUGUGUUAACAGAGCACAUUUUGUUGGGUGACUCGUGCGUGUGAUUUUUUUUUCCUGUUUGUUUUCACUGGGGGUUGUUCAUGAAACUGACAGAUGUUUUUCUGAAAAGGACUAUUAUCAGUUUCCAAAUACAAUACUUCUCUCUUCUGGUUUUUCCUGAAUGAGCCUGAUUUUGUUGCUGUUUUUCAUCAUCUAUGAGGGUAAAAAGAGUACCCUGAAAAUCCCUGUGGCCAGUUUGAGCACCCCUGUUGUACUCUUUUCUCUGUUCAGUGUGUCGUCAAUCUUGUGAACAUGCUUAGAUGUAUAGUUUUGAUAACCACAGUUUUAAGUCCUUUAUCUGUGCAUAAUAAAAAGAUAUAUAUCAAUUAUUAA